AUGAAAACCUCCAGUGGUAUGGAGCGACAGCUACCAGCCCACAUCACCAGUGCAACCACUGCCCAGGCCAACGUUGCCACUGAAGAAACCCCGCCAUCAGAGAUCCCGUUGCGCACUGUGCACAUUAAUUCCAUUGACACUGUUCGCAUAGCCCUCAGCGCCUCUUUCAUCUCCGCCUCCAUCUACUCCAUUUCCCUCAUGCGUCUCGCCUUUUUUUGA